CAGGAGCCCGGGAGCGCGACCCUCCCCCGGCCCGGCCUGGUCCGGCCCUUCCCCGCGGUCUCUGCCCGGGCUGACGCCCAGGACUGUGGGCGACGAGCAGCCCCAACGGCACGGCGCGGCCACUCGGCCUCGGGCCUGAUCCAGGGAUGACCUCCGCCUCCACCACAAUGCACAUUACCACCACUGAAGGUGAGCUCUCAUCGCACAGCCCCACCACAAUGUACACUUCUAUCACUGCAGGGCCUGAUCCAGGGAUGACCUCCGCCUCCACCACAAUGCACAUUACCACCACUGAAGGUGACGUCUUAUCACACAGCCCCACCACAAUGUACACUUCUAUCACUGCAGGGCCUUAUCCAGGAGUGACCUAUGCCCUCACCACAACGGACAUUGCCAUCAUUGCAGGCGUGAUUGCCGUUGUGGCCAUCGUCCUAGUCUGCCUCCUGUUCGUCUUGCUGCACUACAUGUACCGGCACAAGGGCACGUACCACACCAACGAGGCCAAGGGCACGGAGUUUGCUGAGAGUGCAGAUGCAGCCCUGCAGGGCGACCCUGCCCUCCAAGAUGCUGGUGACAAUAGCAGAAAGGAGUACUUUAUUUGAGGGACAACAGACUUCACUUCCCUGAAUGCCUCCUCCAGCUCCAUCAGGAAAAACAUACCCCAUUGCCCAGCACCCCUACUGAUACCACCAGGCAGACAGAGAGAACACUUGCUCCUUCCCGAGAUAUGCACCUGGAAACACUAGGUGCCUGCCCAGGGAGGAACGGAGGAGGACUCGUGCUGCAAGAGGCCUCUCCCAGGGACCCAGGGAGGCGGUGGCCACCUCAGAGGUCACCCUUUGCUUCGCAGAGGUGGGAGAAAAUCUGGGCACAUGGGGCCCCCUGGGUAGUGCAGGACAGUAUCAGCUCACUGGCAGGAAAGUCCUUGUUGAGGGAGAGGGGGUGCCGGGGUACCCGGGGCUGGGGAAGCAAGGAAAUAAGUCAUCUGUGUGCUGACUGGGGAUAAUGGCAUCAAAUGUCAGUCCUUGACAUUUGGGGGGAACAGCAGGUGCCAGAGCUAAAAGGUACCUUUGUCUCCCAUUGAUCCAGCUCAAAACGAUUGGAAAUAAAUUUGAAAUGUAACCGAGCA